AUGAGCCUUCCUCAGUAUCAAGCAUCCAACGCUAUUACUCUGGCUGUCCAGAGUGAUGAUUUCAAAAAUAUGUAUAAGGAGGUCUCUGACCAACUUAAUCAAGAACCAAACCAGCUUUUCAGUUAUAAUUCCACCCAAUCCAUUCUUGAGGGCUUCUUAGUAGAUUACCAAAGCUCCGAUGACUUUGUCUUCAUCACCAAUGCAAAUACUGGCAAAGAAGAAGUUUUCCAAGUUCAUGGCGUAAUUUCCGAGGUUCAUCUGCCUCCGGUGCUCAAGGCUAACCAGCAAGUACACAGUCUUCCUUCUUCUUAUGACUCCAGCCAAACUCUUGAGGAGUACCUCAGCGAAGGAAAAUUUGCCUUCACCAAAGAUAAUCAAGUAGCAUUCAACAAAUUAUCAGUUAAUGAAGAUCACCAGCUUUGUAUGAUUGAGCAUAUCAAGCUGGGUAUCUUUUGUCCGGGUCAGAUAGUAAAUGUUGGAGUAUUGUUGCGCUUGAUCAAAUCGACGGCACCCUCCCCAAUGUGUUUUAUUUCGCAUCUCGAUUCUGUUUCCCUUAUUUCUUGGGGUGUGAGAAAGUUACAUGUCUUCCAGAAAACCGGUCCAUUGGCUGGAUCCUGA